GGUAUCUCAAGGCUGUGUUUAUGCUGGUGUUGAUAUUUUUGUCUUUGUAACCUUUCUUAUGGAAGGAGUCUGCUAGUGUCCCGAGAUGUUUAUCUCUGUCUCUUGGGUCAGAACAUAUUUGGUGGUAUCUAAUGGCCUGACUGUGUAUGAUGGCACGUUUUGUGUGUUGGGGGUGGAAGCUGGAACUGUGGAGGUAGUUGCAUCUGUCAGUGGGUUUCCUGUAUAUUGAGGUGUGAAGCUUAUCAUCCCUGAUGUAUACUGUAGUGUCUAGGAAAUUGACGAGUGUGUUUGAGUAUUCCAUUUUUAGUUUGAUUGAUGGGUG